AUGGUGCGCGUGCCCGGACCUUUGGAAGACGCGGGAUAUCACCGCGAGUCCCAAGAAGAUGAAGGUGUCAAGUUCACGUUAGAACCGAAGACCGAUGAACCACUGGAAGACCGACCACCAGUGACACUAGAAUACAAAAACAAAGAGUCGAAGGACCGACCGGACCUUGGGAGGGGUCCGGUCAACAUGUUCAAGGUUGAAAAUAUUGAAGAAAAACACCUUAGGACCACCGACGGAGUCGGAUCAACGGCCGAAGAUGCAAUCUGGAAAGCUAUGGUCCCCGACACCAAAGACCCCUAA